GAAUCUGAUCUUCAAACAGUAACCACUACAGACACAGUCUUCUCUGAAGCUAAAAAUGCAGAAACUAGUUGGGCUGCACAAAUAGAGGAGAUAGAAGAAGCAAAACUAAAGAACGUGGAGGCAAAGACUCCCCAAGAGCCUCAAAGAACAUGUAAAACCACAGCCAACUCAAAAACAAACCAUGUUCAAACAAACAACAAAAUAAACGCGUACUAA